CGGUCACGAGUCUACCCCAUAAUUCUGUCGUGUUAGCAAACCUAGAGUUUCAACUCUACCAACUUUCUUCCCCUUCGCUUCUGUGCCAACGGCCACCACACACUCUUUUCACAUUCAAGUCACUCUUUUAUCGUUUAAUCACAUACCAGGUCAUUGAUUUGCACUAAUCAAUCAGAUACUGUUUGCGCAUUCUCUCCGCCAUCCGCGAUGAGAUUUUUGUCCACCCUCCUUACUCUGUCUUCGAGCUUGUUCCUCGUUGAUGCCUUUCCCGCUUUUGGUGCCCGCAACCUCGACGACCUCACCAUUGACAAUUUGAACAAGGCCAUUGAGACGGUUCAGAAAUACAGCAAAGAUAAGCGCUUCAUCAUUGACUUCAGCAAGCCUAUCGAUACCACUGGAAAGCACUCCUUCCAAGCACCUGGCAAGGCCGAUCAGCGUGGUCCCUGUCCUGGGCUGAACGUUCUAGCUAAUCACGGCUACAUUUCUCGUAAUGGCAUCACCAGCCUUGCUGAGGUCGUUACCGCUAUCAAUCAAGUGUUAGGCAUGGGUAUCGAGCUCUCUCUCGUUCUCGGUGUUAUGGGAACUGUAUGGACGGGCAAUCCGCUUUCUUUAAACCCAGGCUUCUCUAUCGGCGGGACCACCUCCGGUGAUGGCACUGACAACAUUUUGGGUAAUCUCCUCGGCCUUUUAGGCAAUCCUCGGGGUCUACAAGGUUCCCACAAUUGGAUCGAGUCUGACUCCUCCCUAACUCGCGACGAUCUGUACGUGACCGGCGACGCAUGGACGAUGAACAUGACACUUUUUCGCGACAUCUACGACCGCGCGGAUGAGAACGGUGUCAUCUCCAUGGAUUUGUUGGCCGAACAGGCAGCCCGCCGUUGGGAGUACAGCGUAGCCCAUAACCCCAACUUUUACUACGGGCCCGUCACUGGCACAGUUAGCCGUAACGCCGGCUACUUGUUCCUUGGUCGCCUUCUAUCCAACCAUACCGAGGAACAUCCGGACGGUAUACUUACCCAGGAGGUCUUCAAAAAGUUCUUUGCCGUCUACGAAGAUACACAGGGCAAUCUCGAGUACCGCAAGGGUCACGAGACGUUUCCCGAUAACUGGUAUCGUAAGCCCAUUGAGUACGGCCUCGUUCCAUUGAAUUUGGACCUUGUAAACUGGAUCUUGCAGUAUCCCGUUCUAGGAAGCAUUGGCGGCAAUACCGGCACCGUCAACUCGUUCUCAGGUCUAGAUCUGCACGACAUCACUGGCGGCGUACUGAACGCGACUUCCCUGCUUGAGAACAACAAUCUGCUGUGCUUCGUUUUCCAGGUGCUCAAGACUUUCCUACCCAACUCGCUCUCUUCGUUGCUUUCCACUAUCCAGGUUCCGGUUGACUUGGUGACUAGCACCCUAGCUGCGCCACUUUUGUCUCUUGCGUGUCCUGCAUGGGAGGAUCUUACUGAGGGUGGCGAACCACUGUGGGAUAUUAUACAGCGCACGUUUCCGGGUGCGAGCAAGGCAGAGUCAAGCUUAUAAAGGCUAGUAGGG